GAACACAAGCAAAGAAAUGUCGCGACUGCGAUCUCUGCGGUCGCGGGACUGGCCCUGCUUGUUGUUGCAUUCAUGUCAACAGUGCAUAAUGGGUUUGAUGUCGACGUUCGCAAGCCUUCAGCACUUGUGGACGCAGCAGCCGCCCAUGACGACGUAGCCGAGACAGCAACACAAUUUCCACCGUCGACGAUUGUGCCUCGAAACUGGACAAGGCAACGUGGCCGUCGCUAUGUGUGGCUAGAUGUGGCAAUCGAUGGCGUUCCAAUUGGACGAAUCACGACCGAGCUUUACAUGGACCUGGUUCCCAAGACGGCAGAGAACUUUCGGGCACUGGUCACGGGGGACAACGUUCCUGGGUAUUCGUACAAGAAGUCCAAGUGCCAUCGAAUUCUCAAGGGAUUCAUCGUCCAGUGCGGCGACUUUGAGUAUGGCAAAGGUUACGGGGGCAAAAGCAUCUACGGCGGCGACGAUACCUUUGGUACGCAGGACUUGCUUGUCCUUGUCCCUUCUUUUGGAAUGAUUGUCGUCACAUCCAUCGCAGAGGAUGAGAAGGCUGGCCUCGAGCUCACCCAUAGCAAACGUUAUAUCUUGCAGAUGGCCAACUACGGACCAAACACGAACAAGUCGCAGUUCUGCAUCAUGCUCGCUCCGUCUCCAGGACUAAAUGGCCAUCACGUUGUGUUUGGCGAAGUUGUCGACGGAUUUCAUGUCGUGGAUGCGAUGGAAGCGGCCGGCGUCAGUACCGACGACGAGAAGUUAGUGCAUGAAGUGAUUCUGGUUGACGGCGGCGAGAUAUAUGACUAAUCCAGCGGCCGUAUUACCCCAUACUGGUCCUUGCCAUGAAGCACGCUUGUGGACGUCAAG